AUGUCUGGAGCUCUGGAUAAGGCUUUACUGGAGAUGUCUCUGGAGGAAAAUGAUGAACCAUAUGUUCUACCAGACAGACCGGAGUACUACUCAACAGAGAGGAACUCCAUGAGUCUCAUUGGGAGGUUGCUGAAUCCUCAGUGUCAAAAAAUGUCAGAUCUGAUAUUGGAGAUGCCGCGCAAAUGGCAGCUGUAUGAUAGGGUCAAAGGUGUGGCCUUGUCAAAAGAUAGGUUCCAGUUCAUAUUCAAAUAUGAAAGGGACCUGCUAGAUGUACUCAACAGAGGACCUCAUACUAGCAAUAUGUGGUCGAUUGUUCUAGAAAGAUGGGUGGAAAAGCCACCAGUGGAUUAUCUACAGUAUUUGUUUGUGUGGGUUCAAAUGCAAAACAUCCCCGUGAAUCACUACACGCCGGAAGCUAUCCAUGACUUGGGGAAGUUCGCGGGAGAGGUGGUGGAGGUGCCAUUUGACCCAGAGAAAGCGCAAACAAAGGAUUAUUUGAGAGUCAAGGUGAAGUUUGAUGUCUCUAGGCCACUAAGAAGAGCAAAGAAGGUGACAAUACUGGGUGGCGAGGAAGUCAACAUUCUCUAUGACUACGAAAGAAUUCAAAAAAGGUGUUAUACAUGUCAGAGGUUAACACAUGAGCAGUCUAUGUGCCAUAUUGCUAAUGCAAUGAAGUUUAAGGGUAAUGAUGGAGGCGCAGUGGUGAUGUCGGGGAAGAGGAAAGAGGUGACGCCGAGCCUUGAUGUAGCUGAUCCCCUGUUUGGAUUAGUUCCUACAAAUCUUCUGGGAACUGAUCACCUAACGGGCAGACCUAAAAUUGUUGAAGAAGUACUGGAAGGCAUGCGCAUCUAUCUCAAAACAACUAAUGGACCAGAGAAAAUGGCAAGGGAAGAAAGAGUGAAGAAUUCUCUACGCGAUCUGGAAGAUGAUCCGAUAGGACAUAAGGCUUUUCUCAGUCUAGAGCCUCUGCCUUUGGUGAUAGAUGAUCUUGACAAGGGGAAGGGGAUUGUGUUUGACUUCUCCGCAAAAGAAGAUAUAGCUCCUAGGGGCACAAAGUUAAUGGCGGGAGCUAUCGCUGCCGGAAAUAGAGUUCUCCAAUCAGGCAAAAUCAUUAGUCAACCAGCAAUGAUGGAAGGAAGUGCAGAGUCUUUACAAACUGGGUCUCUUCAGGAAGGUUCAACGGGUUAUAGCAUAGGUUUCCAUGAAACAAAUGCUUUCGGCACCUCCCUGAAAAGGACCUAUAAAAGAAGAAGGCCAGGUACUUUCACGAGGAAAGCCAACGGUAAAGGAGUGGCUAAGGUCUCAUCUAAACCAGGGAAGCAGAUUGGUGAAGGGGUGAUCUCGGAAACUAAGAGGAAGGCAAGUGAUGAUGUCGAGCCAUCUCAAAGCUCUGCAAGGUUUAAGAAACCAUUGGUGGUCCCAAAUGAGAGACCGUCCAAUAUUUAA